AUGAAAAAUCUCCUCUCAGCCAGAAGCAGUAAAAAAUAUUGUCGCUAUCACCGGGAUAACGGGCACCACACCGAUGAAUAUCGGGUCUUCAAGCAAGCAAUUGAGCACCUCAUUAAACAGGGGCACUUUAAAGAGUACGUCGAUGACUCUACUCCCGUUUGGGAGAAAAAUCAAAAGGAACUAGGCAAUAAGCGUCGUGGUCACAAGGGUCUAUAUAGUAUAGGGAUCAUCUUUGGGGGACUGCACCUCACGGGGAAUUCGCGAGGUGCCCAUGAAAGGUAUGCUUGCGCGGCCCGUCAUGACCCCAUAAGUGUGAUGAGCAUGACACCUCGACCAGCAAAGGUUCGCAGAAAGGAGGAAAUCACCUUCUAUGAGAAAGACGCAGUACGAUUGCAUCAUCCCCAUGACGAUGCUCUCGUCAUCACGCUCGAAAUAGGGCAGUGUGAGGUUCACCGAAUGCUGGUGGACAAUGAAAGCGUCGUGAACAUCUUGUUCCAGUGA